ACCCCCUUGGCGCCUUUUUCGCUCGGGUCACGAAGAAGGACGGAGCGAUGGCCGGACGUAAGAAACGUAAAUCGAAUAUUUUAGACGAAUUACCGCCCGAUUUGAGCCUACAAUGUCUCCCUUCUGCCCUCCGGGACAAGCUGAUGCCUUUUCAGAGAGAGGGGGUGAAAUUUGCGCUGAAGAAAAACGGAAGAUGCCUAAUUGGUGACGAGAUGGGCCUAGGUAAGACCCUGCAGGCUAUAGCAGUGGCAUAUCACUACAGACAGGAGUGGCCUGUGCUGGUGGUGGUCCCGUCCUCCCUGAGGUACCAGUGGGUGGAGGAACUGGAGCGGUGGGUACCUGACCUGGAACCUACACACAUACACGUGGUCAGCUCACGGGAUGACAUCAGGAACAUCUCCACUGCUCAGGUGACCAUCCUGGGCUACGGACUGAUACAGAGACAGGAUCAGCCACUGGUGAAGGCUCUUCAUGACCAGAACUUUCAGGUGAUAAUAGUUGACGAGUCCCACUACCUGAAGAACAGGAAAGCUGUGCGUACCCAGGGUCUGGUGCCGCUGGUAAAGAACGCCAAACGGGCCCUGCUACUGACAGGGACACCUGCCCUGGCCAGGCCUGCGGAGCUGUUCCCACAAGUGGAUGCCCUCCUGCCGGGGAAGUUCGGUAGCUGGACGAAGUUCUCCAAGCGCUACUGUAACGCCCACCAGGUGUUCUACGGAAGGUUCCCACGCUGGGACACCAAUGGAGCUUCCAACCUUGCAGAGCUCCACAGUAACCUACAGCCUCUCAUGAUUCGCAGACUGAAAGCACAGGUCCUUACCCAGCUUCCCCCCAAGAGAAGACAGAGGAUUCCUUUUGAUGUACCUGAAGGGGAGCAUAAAAAGGAGUUGGACAAGCUUGCAGCUGAAUGGAGGGACCUGAUUGGUCGAGGGGCUGUGCCACAGUCACAUGACCAGCAGGGGAUGCCUGACAACCCAAGCUUCCGAAUCCGUCAGCUUAUCACAGAAUGGUACCACACGACGGCACUUGCCAAGGCAGGAUCUGUACAAGAGUACAUCAAGGUUCUACUUGAGAAUGAGUCCAUGAAGUUUAUCGUGUUUGGUCACCACAAACACAUGCUCCAGGCCGUCUCACAGACACUCAUCCACAGCAAGGUCAAGUACAUACGCAUCGACGGAUCUGUGCCCAGCGCUGAGAGGACGCAUCUGGUACAACAGUUUCAAGCAAACCCAACUGUUAAAGUUGCAGUUCUGAGCAUUCUAGCAGCAGGGACGGGUUUGACGUUGACGGCUGCGAGCCACGUGGUGUUUGCGGAGCUGUACUGGACGCCCGGUGUGCUGGAGCAGGCGGAGGACCGCGCCCACCGCAUCGGCCAGCACAGCGCCGUGCACGUGCACUACCUCGUCGCUAGGAACACCAUCGACGACUGGAUGUGGAGCAUGCUCACUAGAAAGGUGAGUGUAGUGACCAGUACCCUGAACGGGAAGCUAGCGGUGCUCCAGGCUGACGAGUGUGACAAGGACCAGGCUGAGUUCCUCUCCAGGGCGGCUGUGUGGUUACCAGGGGAACAGCAGGAAGAGGACGACAGCUUCUUCUUCACACAGCCAAAUACACAGAAGGACUUGCGGUCGUACUUCAAACCAAAGAGUGGCCAUGGACAAAAAGCACAAGACAGCCAAAAACACAAUUUAGGUACAGAAAGUGUGUCACUCAUCCAAGAUGGUGAUGAUGAUGGCACAGACUUCAGAGAUGUGCAAAAGACACACCGCGCAGCCAGACCUGACGUGUUUGUGAUUGACUCCGACACGGAGAGCACAGCUGAUGAAAGUGAAAAAGGUUCCAGCACGGCUCACUUGUGGUCGGAUGGAAACAUUGAGAGAGAUGCUUCUUCGUCAUCUGAUGACACUAUCAUAGAGACGGAUCAGACAAUCAGAGACAACUCCUCUCUCAUUGGUCAGAAAGCAGAAACAGAAUCGGACAUCGCCACACCGAAGACUAAGAGAAGCAGGUCCGAAGACACAAGAUCUGUUGAUAAAAAGGGAGCAGAAGGUUUGAGCAGUGUGGGAGUGGGGAAUGAUGUAGAGGAGUCAGGAUGGGGAUGGGGCUGUCCACUUUGCACCUUUCAGAACCACGAACUUCUGAAGGUCUGUGAGAUGUGUGAGACACCCAGGAAGAAAGAGAAGCCAACAACUCGGAGCCAGCAAAGACAAUGUGACAUUGAUUUCAGCAGCCCCACUCUUGGUGUCACAAAAGCAAGAAACAUGAGAUCGAGAGGAAGUUCUCCUGAUACAAAAGCAGUUGAAGAGAAGACAGUUUCUGUUGCACAGGAAGAAGAAGAUGACACUACAUGUGAAUCAGACACCACCACAGAACAGACCAUUGCCACAUCCUCAUCGAAAGUUACAUCGUACGAAUCCCAAAAGGACAACAUUCCCAAGAAAGCACAAUCAGACAUCUUGUUUUGUAGUACACCGCCUACUGUGCCAGACAGUUCCCUGGAGUCUAGUGUUGCUGAAGACUUGGCUGUAGCAGCAGAGGUAUUCAGGCCCUCCCCAAGGCGCGGUAAGUCCACAUGGCAGUGUGAGAACCGUAGCUGUGGCUACAGUAAUGCCGACAGUGAUGCCGAAGACUGUGAUGCAUGUUUCUCACCAAGACCAAGGAAAAGACUCAAGCUGAGUUCAACAGAAUCUCCACAAAGCAGUCUUGGUGGCACUGCAACACCUAGUCUCAAAACUGCUGCCAUCAAAGGUACACCUUCCAGAUUCAGCAAUAGUACAAGAAAACCAGGUGUUGAAAUGACAAGAAGUCCUAGUCUUCAGAAAGCAGUGAACACGUCAUCAACUAGCAAGAUUGUUCACAGUGCACUAAGCACACCUGGUAGAAAAGAUACAUUGACUCUGCAAGGAGGCAAGCCAAAACUGCAGUUUCAAACAAACAAGUCAAACAUUCCAACCAGCACUCCACCUUCCAAACAAAUCCACAAGAACCUUUCCUCCCCCUUUGCCAAGUCCCCGGCAAGUGGUAGCAUUUCCAGUAGCCCUUUGCAUGGUUCGGAUUGGUUUGAUGAUGACGACAUCUCAGAUGACAUGUUGUUGAGCAGUGAGAAAUCCGUGUCUCCUCGAGGCCACCUAGCAGGUGGCGCCGGUAUUGCAAGAAAGAGUGGUGGCAGCAUGUAUGACUUGGAGAAUUUCAGUAUGAAUGCAGACAUUGGUACAGACGAAGGAGAUGUGGGCUGUAGAAGUAAAGAUCCAGUGGUUAAGUUGGAGGACGUUCCAGUGUAUGAAGAGUUACAGUUCUGUGCCAGCAUGCACACUGACCGAAUCUACCUCUACGAUGUGGAUGACCAGCCUCUGAGUUGUAACUUCUCCGUGUUGGACGUGGAACAGAGGAACAUGGACAGUCUGCCGCCGCUCCUGCAUCAGCCUGGCAACUGGCGCCUGGUGCUCAGGAUGGUGCAGGAAUGGAACAGGCUGAGUGAGCCCAAGAAGAGAGUCGUGCGGAGAAGCGGCCGUAUGUUCAUCAGUCCGUCCCUCCUGGCUGAGGAGCUCAGUCAGAGUCAGAGACGAAAGGCCGCCUGCAAGAACCAACGCUUCAUGUCCAAGGAGGACUUCAUGCAGAGAGCAUUCAAAGUUGCUGAGAGGGAGGGUGGGACUGUUCAACUUGUGUCAAGGCAACGACGUCCCAGCAGCACGGUUACGAAGCCGGGGCAACUGCAAACUAGUUCUGACAAACCGGCUUCAGACAGUACAAGCAAACAAGAGUUCAAUACAGCUGCUGCCAGCAGCAGUGAUUCCUGUACAGCAGACUCAGCUGCAGAGGAUAGCCGGCCGACGGCGCAGGAAGGGGACGAAACCAGGCUGUGUGGCCAGCUACAGGUGGUUGACAGCGCUGGAAGGUCUCUCUGCCUCUGGUGUCAGAAACCGGUCAGUCAACAACAGUCCAGCCUCGCAGCAGACACAGAGGGCGCAUCGUCGCACGUAAGGCCCUCCCGGUACUGCUCUACAGAGUGUAAGGAGGAGUACAGGAUUCGGAUGAAGGGAAGUCACCACUCACGGCAGCAGCUGAGGGACACAGAGUUUGGGGUUUGCCAGAUCUGUGGGACCAACAUGAGACAGAUCUUCCAGCAGGUGAAAGAUCUGCCGAUGUCUGAGCGCAAGGUUUUUCUGAAGACCACCCCGCUAUCGUCCCUCCCCGCUGCACAGCUGAACAAGAUCAUCGCGGACCCGAAGGAGGGGCAGUUCUGGCACGCGGACCACAUUGUGCCCGUGGCGGACGGCGGGGGACUCUGCUCGCUGGACAACUUCCGCACGCUCUGUGUGGCGUGUCACCGCAAGGUCACGACACAGCAGAACCGGGAGCGAAGGUCGGCACAGAAACAGGAGCGAAGGUCGCAGGACGGGUACAGGAGCAUCAUGGACUUCAUCAAACGAUAG